AUGACGCACAUCCCAAACAGAAGUAUCCAGGCUGCCAACAUAUUAUUCUCCUCGGGUGCCAUAUUUCUGUUGAUAGUAGGAUUCAUCAUGGAAAACUGGGUGGAAUUAGUUCCCAAAGUGAGAAAGGAUAAAACUACCCACAGUCCAUGGCUGGGAUGCUGUCCUCCGUUUUGGCCUGAAGAGAGCCUGGACGUGGUCAGACGGAUGAUGAUGAUGACGCUCAACAUUGCCAUCUAUCUAAACUUGAUCAUAGGUCUGCAGUACACCUAUAUGCUUUCUCAAAAUAAGUGUGUGCAUCUCUUUGUUGGCUUCCUGAGUUUCUUCGAAGGAUGCCUUUUGUUCUAUGCAAUCAUUGUGUAUCAUCACAAGCUAAAUGAAGGUCAGUAUGUAUACUUCGUUAAUUACAAGACCAAAUGGAUAGCUUUCACUGUCUACUUAACCAUCGCCCUCUUUCUUACCUGUGGUAUCUUCUGUUUCAUACAGAGCACAAAUAGAUGUGCAUGCAUGAAAUUCUGUAUACCCCACACAGAAAGCAAAAGCCAAAAUCCGACUCAGAGCACAAUCCAAGUUAUUUCACUUCCACCACGAACCGCAAUGCCUCGGAGCAUUGUCCAUGUGCACUCUGUGACUUCAAAGGAGGCUAAAUCACAUCUCCAAGCACGUCGAGUAACCUGGGCUCUGUGA